GAUUGUCUAAGGUCGUUGGUUAAAGGAGGUAACUUUGAAACUAUCCUGAGCAUCCCGUUCUAUAGUCACGAUAAUGGGACUAUGCGAUGCGUUAAGAGGAAACGUGAUUUACGAGACGAUAAGACCUUAUGUUAUGUUAUGUUUGCCAAAUGAUUCAUUGGCUUCAGAGUCGUGUUUUUCUGAAUUGAGGUGUGCAUCUGCCUACUUGGAUUGUACCUAUUUUAUUCUACGUGUUAUUAAUACCGAGUUGUUGCAGAUUAAGCAAUCGGCUAAAGUGAAGUCCGACAAUUUUUAUAGAAAUGUAUUAUCCAUAUUUGAUUUACUGCUUAAACCUGAGAAAAAAACAUCCGAAUUUCUGGGCGAACCACCAAAACCAAAAAGUGAUUUAUUUCGGCAUUCAAAAUAUUCUCAUCUACGUCAUUAUUUCACUCAAGUAUGGAUAUCGUUUCUAAACAACGAAUUAUCGGAUGACGUACGUCUAGAAUCUGUACGGUAUUUAGGUAAUGGGGGCAUGAAUCGCCUGGCCGAAAUUCGCUUAUUAGCUGAUCACAUUAUACCAAUUUUUGAUCCUGAUCCGGAGAAUAAAUUGUCUGAAACAGAAUUGGCAAAAUUUCCAACUAGUUGGUCUCGUGCAGUUUGUCAUGCAGUACUCAGUUUAAUUCAAAAAGGUGAUUUCAAUUAUCCACGUUUAUACAUUCGACUGUAUCGUUUAUUGGAUGAAACUUUGUUUGAAUGUCCAGAUGUUAAACCUUUUCUGAUUGAUUUAGAUGUAUAUUUAAGCUCCAUACAUUUAGCUACAUCAGUUGUUGCAUCUUUUAUAAAACGACUUUCUCAAUUAUCUUUAUUUAGUCCAAUUUCAAUUACACCAGCAAUACUUUUAAUCAUUUUCAAUUGUUUACAAAAUCAUCCUCAUUGUCGUGUUUUAAUUAACUAUAAACAGAAAAAGUCACAAACAUUGAAUAAUAUUCAAUCGGAUGAUAAUACCUCAUCAAAUGUAUUAAAUGCACAAUCAAUUGGUGAUCCUUAUAAUUGGGAAGCAGAUAAUUUUGAUUUAUCUAGAGCAUUAGAAAGUAGUCUAUGGGAAGUUUAUGCACUAAUUGGUCAUUGUUCACCAGAUAUCUCAUCAUUAGCUUAUAAAAUUUGUAAUCCUGAUCCAACGGAUACGUUUAAUUCCUCUGUGGCUGACAUACUUGAUAAACAAAAAAAAAGUAUUAAAGAAGCAACCCGUUCUGUAAAGGAAGCAUUAUACCUGUUAUCCCAAACUAAUAUUACGAUGCCAGAGUUACCUCCGCUUGAUGGUUGGGCGUAAUUAAUUUUCCUUUUUGGUACAGAAACGUUUAAAUUUCUAUACAACAUACUCUCUGUGCAAGAAACAUUUUUAAAUAUAAAUAUCCGAUUCUUUUGUAUAUUACCGGACGUUUUUAAUUCUGUUCAUAUUUUCACCUUUCUACUGCUAUAUCCAGUAGCCUAUUUCUAUGUAAAUGAUGUACACAUUCUAUGAAUUGUAUCUGCAUGUUAAGAUAACUAGUAAAAUGUUUUCGUAAUUAAGAAAGUGUAUUUUUGUAUUUAUUUUCUUUUAUACUGUUCUCAUUUCUUGUAACGAUAACUUUUCGUAAAUUACAACUGUUUGACUGAAAAAUCAAGUUUAUAAGACAAACUGCGUUUUGCCAGAUGCAUUCACGAUUAAUGUAUCUAACCAUAGUUUCUUGCGAAUGUUAUUCAGUGAAAGUGUCAUUAAUUGACAUCAACUUGACAAUUUCGACCUUUCGCUCUACUUGGUUGAGCUAUUAAGUCAACUACCAACUUGCCCUAAUUAAACCGUUUUCCGUAAAAUGGCAAUGAAAAAUAGUGGUCAAGUUUAUCUGUCAUGUGAGCUAUGUAUGCACAGUGAUGGAAAGUA